CGCCCGAUUUGAUCUUAUUUUUUGACUGCCACUCAAAUGAAUUAUUGGAAACCCUAGUCGCCUCCUACAGCACUUCUCUUCACGGGGUAUCACUUCUCGAGCUCUUGACGGAAGGCUUUAACGAGUGAAGACUGAAGAGGAUUCGGCGUCGGUCUUCCGGUGCCACCGCGAAUCUACCAAAAGGCGACUUUUUAGGUGUGUUUGCUUAACUCUGAAAUGGACAGUAGGCCGGAUUCAGAUAAUGAUGAUGAUUUUAGUGAAAUAUACAAGGAAUAUACUGGUCCUCUUGGUACUACUGCACCUAAGACGCAGGAAAAAACAUCAUUGAACAAAAGGCCCCAAUCUGGUUCUGAUGAGGAGGAAGAGGCACCUGACCCAAAUGCUGUUCCUACUGAUUUUACUAGCCGUGAAGCAAAGGUAUGGGAAGCUAAAUCUAAAGCCACUGAGAGAAACUGGAAGAAAAGGAAGGAGGAAGAAUUUAUUUGCAAACUAUGUGGAGAGUCGGGACACUUUACCCAGGGCUGUCCAUCAACUCUUGGAGCUAAUCGGAAGUCUCAAGAUUUUUUUGAAAGAGUGCCUGCUAGAGAAAAUCAUGUGAAAGCCUUGUUCACUGAGAAAGUGGUGACUCAGAUUGAGAAGGAUAUUGGUUGCAAGAUUAAAAUAGAGGAAAAAUUUAUCAUUGUCAGCGGGAAGGACAGGUUGAUCUUGAAAAAAGGUGUGGAUGCAGUUCACAAAGUAAAAGAAGAGGGUGGGAAAAAAUCUUUUUCUAGCUCUAAUGUUUCUAGAUCCAGGACACCUCCUGAGCGCAGGAGUCCAGUUAGUUCUCGUUUGGUACAUUCUGAUUUGCAAAGAUCUAAUCAUAGCCCACAUAGAGCCUCACAGUUUGAUGUCAGGCAUGCAAGGCAAGAGAAGCUCAUUGGAGAUCGGUUUCAUGAUGAUUCGCAAAACGUUUCCCGGGGUUCUCCCCAAGCAAGAGGUAAGUUCUUCUGUCCAAGAAUUCUGUUCGAUUCUGAUGUAACUUUCAUGGUGGUCUGAUAUUAGAAAGCUUAUGGUAAUGAUGGAGUUAGAAGACGUUCAAGCCAGUCAAGUUCUCCAGGUCGAAGGUCUUCUUUAGCCAACUCAUACAAUUCUCGUGAUAGUCGUAGUCAGAGCAGGGAAGCCUUCAGGGCUACUGAUGGAUGGGAUGGUGAGCCACGAGUGUCUGACAUGAACUCUGGCCGUGGUGUUCACUACCCAGCUUUUCUUCAGACAUUGGAAGAAGUAGAGUUGGCAUAUAAAAGAGAAGCAGAUGAACUUGGAAGAAUUCGGGACAAGGAAGAAGAUGAAGAGAAUCAUAAGCAUCGUGAGGCUGUCAGAGAAAUAAGGGAGAAUUACUUGAAGAAUCUGGCUAUCAUUAGAGGGUCAUAUGUCAAGCAAAAGGAAGAGUUGAUUCAAAUCGAUGCCCAAAGAAUGAUGCAACAGGCUAGCCAGCAAAAUAUGCACACUUCUGGAUUUGGUCAUCCAUACAAACAAACUAGCUAUCCGGAGUAUUCAAGCUCUGCAGGAAAUGCACACUAUUCAGUAUCCAAUUUGCCUGCAGAUUCGAGGACCAGGUAUCCAAAUCCCAUGGACGGUUAUCCCCCAUCAAGGCCCCAUGACAGCUAUGAUGAUUUUUGUCAGAGACGCAAUGAAUAUGGCAAACCAUUUGAUCGAUUCUAAGAAAACCAUAGGUUGGCGCCUCAAUUGGUGAGUUGCUUUAUUCUCUGAUUUACCAGGACACAGGUCUUCUGAGUUUCUACGUCUGAGUAGAAUAGGAUGGUAUUGUUCCAUUUGUAUAUGUGUAGUUUCCAAACUUUUUCUGUGUAGAUUUCAUUAGCUUAAAGUAUUACUGCGGAAAAUUUCAGGAUCCAGGGUGGGGCACAAGAAUGAAGAAACUACCAGUAUGGGUAAGUGGUUUUUUUUUAAUUUACAUCUAUAUAAUAUCAUUCUGAACUUGAGAAGAUGUUAAAUGAACACUUUUUUCCCCGGGAAAUUUGGCUUGUUUUGCUGGUCAAUUGACGUGGACAAUAUUAGAACAUAUGGAGUAGUUUCAAUUCUGUUUGGGGUUAUUUAAAUUUGUAAGAUGGUAUCGUGAUGUUUUGACCUUGGUAUGAAGCAAUUUAACCUGUUUUAGUUUCAAGUACUAUAAGUGUUGCCCUUUUGCUACAUAUUCCAAAUGCAGGGAAAAUGCUGCAUAAUAAACUACUUGUUUCGUG